AGGAAAGAUCACAGUCUUGCCCCACUGGUUUUAAGUGAUGGUUGUACUUUGUCAUUCAAAAAAAUAUACGUAGGACGAUUAGUUAAUUGGAUUUCCUGGAAAUCAUCAUUUCCUGGAACACCUGAAUUCUUCGGAUUUUUUUCUAAAAUUGAGUAGUUUCAUAUUUUCGAAAAAAAUCUACCACGAUGAAUUUAGACCGUGCCAAGUUCGGUCUCAUCCUUCUCUGCUUGGAGGUUUUGAUCGUCCUCUUGUUCACCAUUUUUGUCGGGUAUGACCUCCAAGCGGACGGGUCCCAUGAAAAGCAUCACGUCAAUCCGUCCCAAGGCGGACUUAGACCACAGGCCAAUACAAUUGUCAAAUAUGAUUCGAUGUAUCAGGACGUUCAUGUCAUGAUCUUCGUCGGUUUCGGGUUCCUCAUGACGUUUCUGAAACGUUAUGGAUAUUCGGCCGUCGGGUUGACCAUGCUCCUUUCCGCGGUCGCCAUCCAGUGGGGAAUUCUGUGCAGGGGAAUAUUCCAUCACGACGAUCAUGGCAUGAUCAAUAUCGAAAUUACGUCCCUGAUCAACGCCGACUUUGCGGCUGGUGCGGUGCUCAUCUCGCUUGGAGGGAUUCUCGGCGUCUCGUCGCCCUUCCAAUUGACGGUCAUGGUGCUGAUCGAGGUCUUCCUCUACUCGUUGAAUGAGUACAUCGGGGCCGAAAUCUUUAAAGCGAUUGAUGUCGGAGGCUCCAUGUUUAUUCACGCGUUCGGAGCUUACUUUGGGUUGGCGUUGAGCCGCAUGAUGAAGCCGACGAAGGACAUCAACUCCACGAACGAGGCAGCCACCAAGACCUCUGAUCUCUUUGCGAUGAUUGGAACAAUUUUCCUCUGGAUUUACUGGCCAAGUUUCAACGGGGCCCUUGCCUCUGGGGAUGAUCAGCAUCGCGCCGUAAUCAACACGCUCCUCUCUUUGUCCGCCUCUCUUCUCAUGACCUUCGUCUGGUCGGGAAUCCUCUCCCACGAGAACAAGCUGGACAUGGUGCACAUCCAGAAUGCCACGUUGGCCGGGGGUGUGGCCGUCGGGGCGGUAGCCGAUUUGAUGAUUCGUCCCUUCGGCGCCUUGAUCAUUGGCUCCAUUGCAGGCACGAUAUCCACGCUGGGAUACGUUUACUUAACGCCCUUCCUCAAGUCAAAACUUGGGCUCCAUGAUACCUGCGGGGUGCACAAUUUACACGGAAUGCCUGGAGUUAUUGGUGGCAUUGCGGGCACAAUUAUGGCAGCUAUGGCGAACGAGCAAGUUUACGGGAAUAGUCUCUACCAGCAAUACCCGGCUCGUGCUCCGGUACAAAAUUCGUCCGAAUUUUCGGAAAUUGUCAACGAAUUUGCGGACGUGGAGCCCGGCGAGGGACGCACCGCCGCGUCGCAGGCCAUCUAUCAACUCGCCACGUUAGGAGUGACGCUUGCCAUUGCGAUCGUGGGUGGAAGUUUGACCGGUCUCAUCCUACGUGCCCCGGUGUUCGACAACGUCCCACUCGACCAGCAUUUUGAUGACGUUUACUUCUGGGAGUGUCCCGAGGACGAGGAAAAGACCAAGUUGAUGGAGGCCAACAAGAACAAGGGUUUGGACAAUCGUACCUUCGAUUUUGAACUGGGGGCGGAUUCAGAUACAAAAAAUGUUGCUAGUCAAGCCUUGUAAAGUAAAUUAUCUAUAUAAAUUUAUUCAGUAUAAUGUAAUGGAUUAUGCAAAUGUGAAAAUUCAGAGGAUUUUGUUUCUGUCAAGUUUUCCAUGCACUCAUAAUAAGUGGUUAAACGGUUGACGAUGAUAUACAUAAAUUGACGUAAAAUGAAAUAUCAAAUAUUUUGUAAAAAGAUGUAGUAAUAAAAAAAAAUCUUGGGUAAAGUUAAGUUAUAAA